AGAAUAUGUGUUGUCGGUGCUCAAGGCUCUGGAAAGUCGUCAUUGACUUUACAGUUCACACAGGAUCAUUUCCCGGUUGAUUUUGACCCUUCAGUUGAAGACGUUUACAGAAGAGAAAUAUACCUAGAUGGGAGAGUGGUUCCACUGGAGAUCCUGGACACCGCUAAUAACGACGUCUAUUCUGAUCUCAUGUAUAAGCAACUCCUCGAAGCUGAUGGUGUUGUCGUUGUAUAUUCAGUUGGUUCUCAUGAAACCUUCCAGUCUGUGACGAACUUCUACAGAAAUGUACUGAGAGCAAGGGAAUCUAACAUGCCUCCAACAAUAUUAGUAGGAGCCCAAGCAGACACUUCAACAGCUAGAGUCAUAUCCACGCAUGAAGGAGAACAACUUGCAAGUGAAUUAGGCAUCGCUGAAUUCAUAGAGUGCUCUGCGAUGCAUAACACCAACAUUGCAGAGAUCUUUAUAAAGCUUUCGGAACAAGUU